AUGUCGCUGUCUGAAGGAGUGUCCAAUUCGACGAUCUCUGGGAAUCUUUCCCCCUACAAUUCCACGGCCGAUGGAAACAGAAUGAAGUGGGGAGCAUCUUCCGUCAUGGUAAUGGUCAUCCUGAUCCUUACCGUCCUAUUGAGCGUCCCGGGCAACGGUGCAGUCAUCUGGGUGACGGGCUUCAAAAUGAAGAGUAAGGUCCAAACUGUGUGCUUUCUGAACCUGGCUGUGACUGACCUGAUGUAUUGCCUGUUUCUCCCCUUCCUCAUGGUCCAAGCCUCCCAGUUCCUCUCUGACAACAUUCGUAAUUUGCCUUGGGUAUUUAUUAUGCCCUUUAUGCCCCUAAACGCUUUCGCCAGCAUAUAUCUGUUAUGCCUGAUAAGCAUCUACCGCUGCCUGGCUAUUACAUGGCCAUCUGUAAUUUGGGUCGUCUUCAUCUUCGGCCUCCCCGCUGUAAUUAUGAUCACUUGUUACGCUUUCGUUGGCUGGAGGCUGCACGGGGACAGGUUCGUUAAGUCCAAGAAGCCCGUAUGCUUGAUCAUGACCGCGGUCACCGCCUUUGUGAUUUGCUGGCUCCCCAUCACUUUCUAUCAGCCUUCUCCAUACGGCGCCCUCAACCCACUUAUCUACGUCUUCGCCGGCAGCGACUUCCGUCAGGUCUUCAGGCGCUCCCUGUUUGCCUCCCUCCGGCUGGCCUUCGACGAGCAGGAGCUAAACGGUGAGACCCAGAACCGCAAUCUCACCUCAAAUAGGAAUAUCUGA